AUGGAGAGCAGGAAACGGAGGAGAAGGAAGAGAGAAGAAGAAGAAAGACGUGAAGAAACAAACACACGGGAGGGAGGAGAGAGAGGGGAUCAGCGCAGGAAGCGGAGGCGCACUGCUCGCGUCACGUGGUGGCUCGCUGCUCGACUUGAUCACUCUGCAGCACCACCUCCACGGCUCGUCUCCUCCCCCGCCACCUCCCGCUGCUCCGCCGCCACCCCUCCGACCUCUCUCUUCCCGUCCACCCCCUCCUCCGCCUCCACCCCUUCGAAGCGGCGCCACCACCUCUCCUCCUCCUCGUCGUCGUCGCUCUCCUUCUCCUCCCUCUUCCUCCUCCUCUUCUCCCUCCGAUCCCUCUACUCCCUCCUCCCCUUCCUCCGCUCCGCACCCUCCUCCUUCUCCCUCUUCCCCUUCUCCUUCCUCGUCUCCCUCCUCUCCUUCUCCCUCUCCCUCCUCCUCCCCCUCCCCUCCCUCUCCUCCUACUCCUCGCUCAAACCCUACCUCCCCCGCCUCGCCUCCAAAUCCGCCCUCCUAACCCUAGUCUUCCUCCUCCGCUUCCACGCCCUCCGCUUCUGCCCCGCCGGCGCCGCCAUCCUCGCCGACCUCGCCGGAGCCCUCCUCGCCAAGGCCGUAUCCGACGCCCCUCGCCGACGCCGCCGCCGCGCCGCCGCGAUCCGCGGCGGCGCCGCCCUCGCCGCGGCCGUGGUGCUCCUCUCGUUCAGCUGGGAUCGCGUCGGGUGCUUCCCCCUCUCCUCGUCGUCGCCGUCGCCGCCGCCUCCGCCCGAGGGAUGCGCCCGCGUCGCCCCCAUGCUUCUCCCCUUCCUCUCGGGGUUCCUCGGCUUCUUCGAGCGCGCCGCCACCAGUUGGGGCUCUCUGCGGCAGCUGGGAGCGAGGAGGGUUAGGCUCUACUCUCUCGGCCUCACCACGGCCAUGCUCUUUUUCCCCGCCCUCGCGAGCUUUCUCUUGCAAGAAGGUGAUAGCGGCGCUGUAUCAUUUUCUACUCUUGGUUGGCCUCUGAUUAAUACCGUAGUAUUUGGGGUAAUUCUUAGUGAAAACUAUAAUAGUGAUGAGAAGGUGCUUUUUAGUGCCAAGGAUUUCCGCCGAGAUUUUGCGGUGACCUUCUUCUGCACUCUUAUCUUGGAGCUCGUCUACUUUCCCAAACUUUCUCUGCCAGGUUUUCUGUUCUGUGGUUUGUUGCUGUGGAUUUCGGUUCGGGACUUGGGCUCGUCAUCCUUGAACUAUGUGGAACUCGGUAGCUCAGAUCCUUCCGAAUCACUGUAUUCUAUGAUAAUGGGCCCGAUUCGACACAUUUUGAGUGAGAGGAAAUCUAGAAAGAUUGCUGCUUUUCUUCUCAUCAACACUGCUUACAUGGUAGUGGAAUUUGUUGCCGGGUUUAUGAGCAACAGCCUUGGUCUAAUAUCCGAUGCUUGUCAUAUGCUGUUUGAUUGUGCUGCACUGGCUAUCGGGUUAUAUGCUUCUUACAUUUCCAGAUUGCCUGCGAAUAGUCAGUAUAACUAUGGUCGAGGCAGAUUUGAGGUGCUUUCCGGGUACACUAAUGCGGUGUUUUUGGUGCUUGUUGGGGCAUUAAUUGUUUUGGAAUCCAUCGAGAGGAUUCUUGAUCCUCAGGAGAUUUCGACGAAUAGCUUAUUGGCUGUGUCAAUUGGGGGGCUUGUGGUGAACAUAGUGGGAUUGGUUUUCUUCCAUGAAGAGCAUCAUCAUGCACAUGGCGGGGGAUCCUGUUCUCAUUCACAUGCCCAUUCACAUACCCAUUCACAUUCCCAUCACGAUCACCGCCACCAUAAACAUGGAAAUGAUGGUGCUGGUCAUGAAGAAAGGGAAUGUGCUGAGUAUGAUAAGAAUGUUACUAUUCCUUACGAAUCAUCCGAUCGACACUCGCAUGAUAGUCAUAAUCAUCAUAGUUGCAAUCAUGGGCAUCACCAUCAUCAUCAUCAUCAUCAUAAUCUAAAUGAUGAGCACAAGAAUGGUAACACUGAAGGUUGCAGUCAGGAACAUGAUCACCACGAGAAUAACAAGAAGCAUGAACCCCACAGUCAUAGCUGCCAGCAUGAAAAUGAUGGUAAUAAUCAUCAUGCUGAAGUUCACAUUCAUCAAAAUUCUGAUAAAACUCACAGUUGUAAAGAUCACUGUAGUCAUAAAGAGCAAGUAAGCUUGUCUCAAACAUCAAAUCAUACUCAUGGUCCCUCUUCCUAUUCAGAAGAAGCACUAGCAACUGGAAAACCAAUUAAUGAUUCCCGAAAACAUCGCCAUAUCGACCAUAACAUGCAAGGGAUCUUCUUGCAUGUUCUAGCUGAUACAAUGGGAAGUGUUGGAGUGGUGAUUUCAACUUUGCUUAUAAAAUACAAGGGAUGGUUUAUAGCAGAUCCUGUGUGCUCAGUAUUUAUUUCGGUUAUGAUUGUAGCAUCUGUUCUUUCAUUGUUGAGAAACUCUGCUGAAAUUUUGUUACAGAGAGUUCCUAGAGCUCAUGAAGAGGAUUUGAAGGUAGCUUUGGAUAAUAUAAGGGGGAUUGAGGGUGUCUGUGGCAUCACUAACAUGCACGUGUGGAACUUCACUAACACUGAUAUUGUUGGGACUUUUCAUCUUCAUGUAUCGGCAGAAGCUGAUAAAGCUUCUGCACAUAAAAGAGCUUCAGAACUUUUGCAUGAAGCUGGAAUUAAGGAUUUGACUAUCCAGGUCGAACAUGUAAAAGGAUAGAAUGAGUUUCUUUUGCUUUCUGGAAGCGAUCAACUAAAAAAUCUUCUGCUGUCUAUUUAUUUUUGUGCCAUUUUGCCAUGGUAAUAUAAUGAAACUGGAAGAUGGCUGAGAGAAACUCUUAAUUAUUUUAGCUUGAAUCACACAGGUACAGAGCUCCUGUUUUUGCUUCUCGUCAAAUUGAUGUGUGCACCCUUUUCUUAAGCAGCUCUGUUUACAGCAAAGUCAAAGAAUUUACCACAUUCUAUCAUAACCUGUGGAUAAAACUUGGUGUUUUUCUUUUUCUUUGAUAGAGGAAUAAGCAUACAGCUUUUAUCAUCAGAAAGGCAUCUUUGGUAAGGCAAGACUGCGGUGUUUAUAUUCGCUCCCUUCUAUCGUCAGGAAGAACUCCAAAUUGUGUAUGCUAUUGCUUUUCAUUUAUUUUGUUUAUUCAUUUGCUUCCGAAAUUUGUAGAGAAAUUGGUGUUUUCACUGAAUUUCUUUAGCGGCAUUAUAGAAGCACUAGCUUUUUUAUGGUGCUU